GGUAACGUGCUGGCAAGCCUCGCGACAUUUAUUAAAAUAUUAAAACAGCAUUAGUGAUAUAUAAAAAAACAUUUCAUGCUACUUUUAAACUGUUUUAAUGUUUUAUUAAAAUACUUUUUAAGCUUUAAAUUAAUUUUCCCCUGACAUGACCUUUGACCCGCCGCGCGCUCCCGACGUUAAAUCAGUGCCCGGGAAGCACGCGCUGGUCCAGUCCUGUGAGAGGAGGCGGCAGCAGCAGAGAGGAGAGAAGAGGAGAGGAGAGCGGCCAGGACUCAGGAGGAGAAGGAGAGGACGGAGAAGAGGAGGAGGAGGAGGAACAGCGUUUAACUUCACAGCGGGUUAACUCAACAUGUCGGGCUGAACUCGUCCUCACGAUGUGAAGUUUAAACGGAGCUUUUAUCGCGGAACGUCCGCAGGAUUUAACCCACCGGCGGAGCGCCAUGGACGGGACAGCCGGAGCGGCAGCUCCCCUGUGACGGUCCGACACGGAGCUACAGUGCGGAGUUCACACGGUGACAUUAAUUACCUUUCAAAAUGGCGUCUUUUUUAUCUACUUUAACAUAAAUGAAGUUUAAACCGGACGUCAGCUAACGGCCACACACACACAGGUCAAACUGAAGUUAGCUUAAAGCGCUGUCAGAUGCCUCUGCUCACUGGGAGGGCUACUGGUUUCUACUGGUUUCCACUGUGUGCGGCUUGUUUACUGUAAAACAAGAGUUUAUGGAUUUCCUCCAGCGUCACUGUGAGUAAACAACAACAACAACAAACAUGUAUGCAGGACGGAAGAGAAGAAAACCGGCUCAGAAAGGAGUCAAACCGACCCCAGCCGAAGGCACCAAGUCCAACCCGUCCAAACGCCACCGCGACCGCCUGAACUCGGAGCUGGACCGGCUCGCCAGCCUGCUGCCCUUCCCCGAAGACGUCAUCUCCAGCCUGGACAAGCUGUCCAUCCUGAGGCUGAGCGUCAGCUUCCUCCGCACCAAGAGCUUCUUCUCCGUGGCGCUGAAGAAGAACCAGCUGUCCAACGGCGUGAAGAAGAGCAGCGAUCACAGCGGUGGUCGCGUACCUGAGGGGGAGCUGCUGCUGCAGGCCCUGAACGGCUUCGUCCUGGUGGUGACAGCUGAGGGAAUCAUCUUCUUCUGCUCUCACACCAUCCAGGAUUACCUCGGCUUCCAUCAGACUGACGUGAUGCACCAGAGUGUGUUUGAGCUGAUCCACACUGAAGACCAGCAGGAGUUCAGGAGCAACCUGCACUGGGCCCUCAACCCCCCUGCAGGCCUCGGCCCCCCAACAGAUCCCUCACCAGAUGGUGAGUCAGUGUCGACCUCUUCCUGCCUGGUGAGCUACAACCCCGACCAACUCCCGCCUGAAAACUCGUCCUUCCUGGAGAGAGGCUUCGUCUGCCGCUUCCGCUGUUUGUUGGAUAACUCCUCCGGCUUCCUGGCGCUGAACAUCCAGGGGCGGCUCAAGUUCCUCCACGGUCAGAGCCGGCAGCAGUGCGACAGCGAGGGGAGCACCCCGCCUCAGCUCGCCCUGUUCGCCAUCGCCACGCCCCUACAGCCUCCGGCCAUCUUGGAAAUCAGGACCAGGAACAUGAUCUUCAGGACCAAACACAAGCUGGACUUCACACCCAUGGCCUGCGAUGCAAAGGGUAAAAUUGUUCUGGGCUACACCGAGGCGGAGCUGAGAGUUCGAGGUUCGGGUUACCAGUUCAUCCACGCUGCCGACAUGCUGUACUGCGCUGAGAAUCAUGUCCGAAUGAUAAAGACGGGCGAGAGCGGCCUCACCGUCUUCAGGCUGCUCACGAAGGACAACCGGUGGAAGUGGGUCCAGGCCAACGCCAGGCUCGUCUACAAGAACGGCAAGCCGGACUACAUCAUCGCCACCCAGAGGCCCUUGGUGGACGAGGAAGGAGGGGAGCACCUGAGGAAGAGAUCGAUGCACCUUCCCUUCACCUUCGCCACAGGAGAGGCGAUGCUCUACCAGACCGGUUACCCGCUGCACGGCUUCCCCGAUUCCUUCCAGGGCAAAUCCAAAGGCAGCAAGUCCAAGAAAGGCAAACUGGACAAGAGCUCCUCAGGCAAAUCCAAAGGCAGCAAGUCCAAGAAAGGCAAACUGGACAAGAGCUCCUCAGACGACCUGGACCCAAAGUCGCUGCUGGGAGCGCUGAUGAGCCAGGAUGAGUCCGUGUACGUCUGCCAGCCGGACACGGAGCCUAAGAUGUCAUACCACAGCAGCCUUUUUAGCGAGCAGCAAGGUGACGGUGACGGUUUUGGUGGUUUGUUAGGCGGUGACAGCUGGCAGAUCCCGUCUAACGGGGACGCAGAGAGAUGUAACAGCAAAGCAUCAAGUUACGACCCACUGCUGGCCACUUUGGACUCCCUGUCUCUGGACGGAGACGAGACGUGCUCCAACAGCGAGCUCUUUAGCGCCCUGGAGAAUCUCGGCCUGAACGCCGAGGACCUGGAGCUGCUGCUGCUGGACGAGAGGAUGAUCCAGGUGGAGCUGGGCCCCAACCACAUCCCGACGCUUAACGACCUUCUCACCAAUAACGAAAUCCUCUCCUACAUCCACGACUCGCUGGAGAGCGCGACAGAAGGAGGGGACAGAGGUGGAUUUGGACCGCAGAACACAGACUCCGCCCAAAGUGUCUCCCAGCAGCCACAGACGUGCCCCCCACCCGCUGUCCCUCCACCUCUCCCCAUCACCCAGCUGUCACAACAGAUGCAGCAACACAUCAGUGCAGGCGAGCUGGUGAAAACUCAGCCUGUCAUUCAGUCUGUCUCCCAACCUGCGGACGCCAAGGUUUUAACUAACGGUCACUGGGUGGUGACGACAGGGAACCACCAUCACCCCAACAACCACACCCACCAUCACCCACAUACUGUGCUCAAAGCCUCACAGCUGAACGGUGAACAUAAACACCUUAACGCGCUCCUGGAGUCCAGUCAGCAGUGGCAGCUACAGCAGGACCAGCACCCGCUCCAUCUCCAGUCCCAUCAGCAGCUCAGCAGCCAGAGCGCUCCGCCACCCGCCUUCCAGAGUCAGCUCGGACUUACCACUAACAGAUCUUACAUCCCAAAUGGACACGCAGCCUUUCCACCCAAUGUGGAGGUCGGCCACGCAGGCUACAACCUCUCCAACGCACUGCACGUAGGUGCUGCUGCGCUGAACGGCGUGACCACACCGGACGUCUGUCACUACCAGAGUCGGCCGUACCAGCUGCACCAGAAACACCAGCAGCAGGUGCCACCAUCCUGUUUGCCCCAGAGCUCUGCGCUGGAGUUGGAGCAGUUACUGGGUCUGUCGCAGCCACAGCACAGCCUGCCGUCGUUAGAGGCUUACAGCAUGUUCAACACCACCACACAGGAACCCUCUCACAGCAAGCUGGAGAACGGCUGCCUCCUCAGUGCCACCAACGCAGCGUACAUCAGGACGUGUCUGAUGCCUAAUGGAAACGGAGUGGCGACAGGCGAUAUCCCCGAUGGACUCCCCGCCCUGCAGGACCCCCAGAAAUCUGGAUUUUUCCUCUGAAAGGAUGACGGCAGAGUGUCAGAGGAGAAGAGAAGAGAAGGUACAGAAGAGGCUCAGAAAGGACUUUGCACUCGUGCUACUCUGAGCACCAACCAGGAAAGACGUUUUAUAUCUGUCACGCAUUUUAGUGUUGCUAGCCGCGCGCUCACUGAACGUUUCAUUUUCAUGUUUGGAUAAGAUUUGUGCUCUUUGUUGCCAGUCAGGUGUUUCCAGGUUUCUGGAGCAUGAGCCUGACAGGAGCGUCGCUCUCUGACCUGUAUAUACACCGGAGAGACACUCAGCGAGGCCGCUCACUUUAUUAAACCGGGCUCUUUUUAUCUGGUGCUCAGAUAAGUUAUAAAAGAACGAGGAGUUCCUGUUGCGUUGGAUCACUAAAACUGUUUAACAGAGAUAAACUCAGCUCAGACAAUCAGUACCUUAGCUAAGGAUGCACGAUUAGAGGACAAUUUGUGCUAACGUUAAAUAUUGCGAUGACAAUAUUACUCGUGAUGAAUUAACAGAUGUUAAAGUGUACUCUGCCAAUACAAAGGAAUAAUAGUUACAGUUUAAAGUGCAGUUGCUGCUCUAAAACUCUCUUUCAACCGACUCCAAAAA